ACACCUUCAGCUUUCCAGAUAAAAGAUCGAGUUUGCUGCUAGGUCGAUAUGGGCUCUCUCAUGGCUGGAUGGAGCUCACACGCGCUCGAUGACGAUCUCAAAGCUCGUUUCAUGAGAAAUCGUUCGCUGACCAAGGAGGAGGUGGAGGCCUUCUGGAGGCAGCACAAGAAGCCGGCGCCGGAGGACAACGUCGACGGCGGCGAGACCGUCGUCGCCUCCUCUCCCCGCCAGGGGAGGUCGACUCUGUCUCAUGUCCGUUCGUCGCCGCCGGCGUUGACCAGUACCAGUAGCGUGGAUGGUGACGGCGAGGCUGCCGCUAGCCCCAGCGCGAGCCGCGAUUGGUGGACGAGGAGCAGCUGGGCGUUCCUCAACGAGCCGCCGCCGCAGCAGCGCCGCGAGGGAGCAGGCGUUGGGCAAGGCGCCGCCGCCGCCGUCUGAUCAUCAUCUCUUUAAUUACUUUUUUUUGCAUGGUAUCUCUUUAAUUACUUUGCUAAGCUAGCUUUGUACUAUCCCUGUAAAUACGUUAUACGUACGUACGUACCAGCCGUGUGUAGCUAAUGUUUGAUACCUUUUGUAUUGUCGCUCAUGUAACCUUGGAGAUAUGCUAUGUGUACGUGUCACGAUCUAUAUUGGCAUCUCAGAUAGUACAAAAUACAAAAUUUUGGGACUAAAA